AUGUUGGUUGUAAUAAAUUUAACUGGUGGUAGGAGUGGGGCGGUGAGGGAGAGUGGGGGAAGGGAGGUGGGAGCUAGGGUCAGUACAGCGCCGGCCUUGUCAGCGGUAUGUCGGUCCGGUAUGGAAGAGCCGUUUACUCAGUUACCGCGCCAUCGUCCUCUCCAUCGUCCCCAGCUGGACCUGCCUGCCACAAGAACCAACAUCUCCUACCUCUAUCCGGAGAUCCUCGCUCUCAUCUUCAGCUACCUCGAGGUUCGCGACAAAGGACGGGCAGCCCAGGUCUGUGUAGCUUGGCGAGACGCCAGUUACCACAAGUCUGUAUGGAGAGGUACCGUUGCCAAACUUCAUUUACGUCGUUCGUGCCAUACGAUUUUUCACAGUUUGGUGAAACGCGGAAUUCGGAAAGUGCAAGUGUUGUCACUACGAGGAAGUUUACGAGAUGUUGUCCAAGGUAUUCCAAACUUAGAAUCACUAAAUCUAAGCGGUUGUUUCAACGUAAACGAUAUUGCAUUGGAUCACGCAUUUUUCACUGAAAUGCGGACCCUCACCAAAUUGGACCUCUCUUUAUGCAAACAGGUCACUGACAGCAGUCUAGGAAGAAUUGCUGAGCAUUUGAAAAACUUACAAGUCCUGAUGCUUGGAGGCUGUUGUAAUAUUACUAACACCGGAUUACUUCUUAUCGCUUGGGGACUGAAAAAUCUCAAGCGCUUAGACCUACGGUCUUGUUGGCACAUCUCUGACCAAGGAAUCGGACAUCUGGCGGGCCAGAAUAGGGAAACGGCAGAUGGUACAUUGCGGUUAGAGUAUCUCGGCCUUCAGGACUGCCAGCGUCUCUCCGACGAUGCACUCAAACAUAUAUCCGCUGGUCUCACAGAUUUGCAGAGUAUCAACCUCAGUUUCUGCAUCAACAUCAGUGAUAGUGGCCUCAAGUAUCUUUCCAAAAUGUCCAACCUACGGGAACUCAACCUCCGUGCCUGCGACAAUAUAUCUGACAUGGGCCUGGCUUAUCUAGCGGAAGGUGGAUCCAGAGUCUCCUCGUUGGAUGUUUCUUUUUGUGACAAAGUUGGAGACCAGGCUUUAGUCCACCUCUCUCAAGGACUGUUCAACCUCCGUUCCUUAUCCAUGUCAGCAUGCCAGAUAUCAGAUGAAGGUGUUUGCAGAUUAGCCAAGACUCUUCAUGAACUGGAGAUCCUCAACAUCGGCCAGUGCCACCGGGUCACUGACAAGGGGCUGAUGACUAUCGCUGAGAGUCUGAAGCACCUACGUUGCAUCGACCUGUACGGCUGCACCCGAGUUACCACCGCCGGCCUGGAGACCAUCAUGAAGCUGCCUAGACUCUCCAUUCUCAACCUGCGCCUGUGGCAUUGUAGAUGACACCAUCUUCGCUAAAUGUGAUAUUUUAUUUGUUAUUUACUAAGCUCAAUUUUCGACUUCCCACGUCGACUGUUUUUAGUUAGUUUUAGGCUAGAUAUUGUGGGAAAAUUGACGAUUUAUAUUUUUUUAUGUACAUAAAAUCAUAUAUACAUAAAAUUUUAACAAUAAAUUUUGUUUAGAUCUCUUUUAUUUUCUUACGCGACUAGUGUGAAUUCGGUUAGUUCUCUUUUUGAGUCAUUGAAAUUUUGUAAUGCCCUGUAUAAGCGACUUAUUGGAUUAGAGGUGUUUUUCAGAUGAGAACCUCUAUAGUGGACAAUAAUUAUGUUAAUGACUAACGUUAUGUAGGAAUAUUGAAUAAGUAUAAAUGCUGAACGAUCUGGAAAGGUCUCUACGUACCAUCUUAAAUAAAAUAUUAGUGAACUGUAGAGUCUUUAAAUAUCAUACCAUUUUGGAAAAAUUGGAGAAUGAAAUUUAAUAGGUUCUCUAUUGGUAAUAAUAAUUUGUUCUAGGAUCUAAAUAGACUUAAAGGGCAUGAUACCAAUUUUUUAAUGCUGACAAUAGAAAAUGCACAAAAGAGAUUUAUUGCCAGCAUUCAAUUGAAGCCCAAUUUUGUUCCUUAAAUUAUAGAAAUUUCUUUAAAUUAUCUGUAAAAGACAUAACAUUGAAAUUUUAAUUUUUUUAUUUUUAUUUCUGUUAUAUUUUCAAUUUAGUUAUGAUUUCCUUGUAGGGCAACUGUAAUAUAGAUAUUGUUACAAGAGGUUGUUUUUUUUCUAGUAUUUUGAGUUUAACUGUUAAAAAUUAAUUUGUUAAAAAUGUAUAGUUAAAGAUAUACAUUGAGAUCAGAAAAAUGUACCAAGUGGAAAAUCAGUUGUUAUGUAGUGUAUGUGAGCUUAAGCAUCAACAAUGAGAUUCUAUUACCACUUAACAUUACUUUGUACUAAGGUUAGGAAGAGAGAGGAGAGGAUAUGAGGAGGAAUAAGAGAAAUGUAUAAGUGGAAAGAAGGAAAAAGGAAGAGAAGUAUAAUGCUAAUGAAUGAAUAAAAGAAAUCGUCAAAAAAUAAGAAGAAAAAAAAUGAAAAUAAAUAAUAUAAAUAAAUAUAUAUAUUUAUAUAUUAAAAAAAUAUUGUAUAGUAUGCUCAUAUAUAUUGUUAUUACUGUAUAAUGAUUAAUAACUAUGCUGUAUGUUUGUAGCAACCCAAUAUAAUUGGGCAGCACCCUUUUAUGAAAAUAAAGUGAUUGAUUCUCUAU